AUGAAUUAUAGACGACGAUAUGUCGAUAUUGAUUGUAAUUUUGAUAUUAAUUAUAAUGAAAAUACAACUGUUAAAUGCAAUCUAUAUACAUUUACAUUUACCAAUAGAGAUAAAACAAUAUUAGGUUUUAUUCGAUGGAUACCUAAACUUAUUGCAAACACACCUAAUAAUCAAAAUAGCAUCAAGAUAUUGGAUAAUUUUAAAAUGAUCAAUAAUUUUAAUCCAAUACCUUUGACAACAAAACGAUUAGAACAAUAUAACGGAUCGAAAUCGGCGAUGGUAGCAAGCAUGACUACAACUGAAGAUAAUGAAAAUGAAGAAACCAAUCCUAUGAUUGAUUUACCAAUAACUGAAAAUGGAGUGGAUGAUGAUGAUGAUGAUCAUGAUAAUGACAACAGUGCAUAUUCGAGUUCUUCGAUUACCAAUCUUGGUACUUGGAGCGUUACUGACCUUCUGAGCACUGAUUUUCAAUCAUCAACUGAACACCAUGAUCUAGCAUUGGGAACUGAUGUGGAUCCUGUUCCAGAUGUUCCAAUACCAAGCCUUAGCACAUUUAUCGAUGAAAAAAUAGGCCAACCUAAAGAUACAACGGAAAAGGUAACAAUUGAUCAGGUUUCCGAAGCUAAUAUCCAUGCUAGACAAGAUGACGCAGCGAAAAAAGCUCAAGCCACUAUGGAACUUGAAAAUGAGCAAUUAAAAGCAAAGAUCGUUAUACUCGAAAGAGAAGUCGAAGAAAAAACGAAAAAUUUGAAUGAAAAUGAUGCAGCAAGCGCUGCAAGAUUGAGUACAACAAUAGAUAGAUUAGAAGAUUUACAGAAAGAAUUAAAUGCAAAAACUGAAAAAGAAAACUUGAUGACGAAAACAGCCGAACAAAUAUCUACCGCUCACUAUACUGUUCCGAAAUCAAACCAGUCUAUACUUUCGAAAUUCAAUUUAAUAGUCAAUACAUUGAGAAAAUUGAGUUAUCCUCUUAAAGAAUAUUUUAAAGAUAAUAUACCUCUAAUUGACUUAGAGGAUGACAAUGAUGGUAAAAUAACACUUAAAGGUUUUCCAAUACAUCAUCAAGAAUUAAAGAAGAUUUUAGAACGAUGGCAAAAACUAGUCCAACAAAUUCAAUCUGCUGAAGAAUAUUAUAGUCAAAAAACAAACAAAAAUAUACAAUCUUUAUUGAGAAUAAUUCAUCGAGUACAUCCUAAGAAUCCAACUUAUUGGAAACCGUAUUGUAAUUCUUUAGUUAAACUAAUCAAUCAAAAAUAUGAUAGUUAUGUCCAAAAAUUCAAGAACCGUAUGAAGGAUGAAUUGAAAAAACUAUUAGAUACAUGUAUUCAACAUCCAAUGGAAGAUUUUCGAAAAGUUAUAAUCGACUCGACAAACGAUUAUAUGAAAGCAGAAACAUUUUCUGAUGAUGUUGAAUCACUAAAGAUGACUGCUCUAAAUGAAUUCAUCCAUGAAUAUAUUUUCUUACAACAAAAAUCGACGAAAACCAUGCCAACAAAAGAAUCUGCUUCAGCGUUAAACAAACAUAUUGAAACGGUUAAAAAUACAUUGACAAAAAAUGCCGAUUAUAAGGGAUGUGAAUUAAAACAUUUUCAAUUGAUUGUAUCUCUAUUACAACGUUUAAUGAUAUUAUAUCAUUGCUUUCUGGUGCAAUUACCGCUAUUCAAUGCAUCUCUUGAUCUCUUAAACAAAAUCGCUAACAAUACAGUUAUAACUAUCGAAACAGCGACGGGCUCAGGAAAAUCAACACUUCUACCAGCCUUGCUGGUCGCUGAAGGUUAUGACAGGAUAAUUGUCACGCAACCUCGACGUCUACCAUGUAACAUGAUAUCUCAACGUGUUAAUUCAAUGGUUAACGAUAACAUAAGUGGAUGGGCAGUAAGUGGCAAAGAGCAUAAUGUACAAGCCAAUAUUCUUUAUAUGACCGACGGUUUAUUGAAAGAACGUCUAUUGAACGAUGAUAAUUUGAUAACAGAAAAUACCCAUGUGAAAAAAUCAGUCGUAUUCUUCAUUGAUGAAGUCCAUGAACGUUCAAUAAAUAUUGAUUUAUGUUUGGCAUUAUUUGCACGACUAUUAAAAUUGAAACCUGCAUUGAAAACGAAAAUGAAAGUGAUUAUAUCAUCUGCUACUUUAGAUUCAUCAGUUCCGGCAUUGUAUCGAAACAUUCCGGGUUGUUCUUUAAUUGAAUUUAAUUUAGUAUCAUUAUCGACGCUUUAUACAGUGACUGUAAAUGAUGCACCAAAGGAAAAUUUACUCGAUCUUGUACAAAGAUUAUAUAGUAAACGAAACCGACAUGAUCAAAUACUUUGUUUUGUCGGUUCAACAUUCGAAACAUUGGAAAAUUGUCGAUUAAUAAAUAAGAUAACAAAAGGUGCGAUUGUUGCAUAUCCUCUCAUACAAUCACAAUCGGCUAUUGAUCAGCAAAAAUAUAUUGAACAAGGCACUGUCUUUUUCUCGACAACGGUUGCCGAAACAUCAUUGACAUUUCCAUGUUUGAAAUAUGUUAUUGAUACUGGCUUGAUCAAUAUGCCAGUAUACAGUUUACAAUUAGAAAGAACUGAAUUACAAGAAAUAAAAGCUGCUGAAUCGACAACCAAACAAAGACGUGGUCGACUUGGUAGAACACAACCUGGUGAAUACUAUGCACUAUAUGAUUAUACAUCUGGCGAACAAAGAAAGUAUCCUGUGCCACAAAUAUGUCAAUCAGAAUUAGUGAAUAUAGAAUUUGCUUUACGAAGAUCUCGACUGAAAACUAGUUUGAAAGAAUUUCAACAAUAUUUACCUGAUAAACCAAAAAAAGAAUAUAUUGACGAUGCCUUGAAACAACUACAACGAUUAGGUAAAUUAUUAUUUUUCUUAUCAAUAAUGCUUUUAGAACACAAGUAA